UUUUUUUUUUUUUUUUUUUUGUUCUUUUGAGUUAAAUAUCUCAGAGAGAAUCCACUAGAAUUCACAAUGCACAAAGCAACUGCGUACAGUAGGUUUCAAAGUGCGAAGGUGCUUUACUUGUGUGAUGUCAUAACGAUUGUGAAGGUGUGCAAUACAGAGACGGCAAGGUCAGUACACCUGAGAAAAGAUGAGUGACAUUUAGAAAUACCCCAUUAAAAUGCAUUGACGUAAAUAUUGACACCAAUUGUUGCUGAAAUUAAAACUAUCAUUUUUUUGUUUCGUUUUAGUUCUGUGUUCUUUUUUUCUUUCUGAAAACAAACACAACAUGCGGAAGCUUUUAGUUAAUACUUAAUGGAUUGUUUACAAGUAGAGUUAACAUGCUGUGAAAUACUUAUUGGAUUGUCUGCAAGUAGAGUUAACAUGCUGUGUGUAACUGUCAGUAACAUUUAAUUGUCAGCUAUCUUCUAUUUUAAAUUCACACACUAUUGCUGUAUAUGAACACAUAUUAUUAAUCUGAAUUUAUUUAUAAAGCAGUGUUAAUGUUGAAAUUGUAAUAGAAACGCUCUUUUGCUGUUUGUGUGACUUAGGUUUUCCUACAGAAUAGGCUGCAUUGCAAUUUGUGAGCCUGCAACCUGUCUACUGCAGAUUUGCUGAACUUGUCGCAAGAUGUAAAGGACUCUGCAUAGUAACUUUUUUAUCUCUGUUUUUCCUUUGGCAACAGAAGACGUUAUUGAAGCGCUGGUUUUCUGGGCAUACAGACACACACAUUAUCUAUCUGUCUGUGUGUGUGUGUGUGUGUGUGUGUGUUUUGUGUCUGUAUGUGAGCUUGCUUGACGCAAUGAAAGCAUGCCUGCCACAGGACUCCCCUGGGUCCUAAACCUUGUCACUACAGACGCAGAUUGCACAGAAAGUACUUGUCUGUUGCAGAAUCAGUUAAACAAGGAACAGUCCAUUUUUACACAAGUCAGCAACAUGUGACAAGUGAUCUAAUUGAUUUUGUCCAACCCCUACAGGUAUGCAGUGUGACAUGUGUUCUACAUUCUGAUGCGUUUGUUUUCAACGUAUUUGUUGAGCUAGGAAGAAAAUUUGGAAGGAAGCCCGGUGAAUGCCCAUGGCAGCUGCUACCUCAGACCAUCCAUCCAGUGUGAGCUAGAACUCAGAGCCAUUCUUUAGAGCAUGGCCUACAGGCAGAACCCCACAGAAGACUGGGGGAACCUGCCUCAUCACGUGGUGCUGCAGGUUUUCCAGCACCUGUCCCUGGUGGACCGCGCCCGGGCCUCCUCUGUGUGCCGGAGGUGGAACGAAGUCUUCCACAUCCCUGACCUCUGGAGGAGAUUCGAAUUUGAACUCAACCAGCCAGCCACUUCGUACCUGAAAUCCACUCACCCCGAGCUGAUCCAGCAGAUUAUAAAAAAGCACGCUCAACAUCUGCAGUACGUCAGCUUCAAGGUGGAUAGUUGCACAGAGUCUGCUGAGGCUGCCUGUGACAUUCUUUCACAGUUGGUAAACUGUACAAUCAAGACAUUGGGGCUGAUCUCAACAGCAAGGCCUAGCUUCAUGAAUGUUGCAAAAUCCCAUUUUGUCUCUGCUCUCACUGUGGUGUUUGUGAACUCGAAAUCACUCUCGUCCAUAAAGAUUGAUGACACUCCUGUAGAUGACCCGUCUCUAAAAGUGCUUGUUGCUAACAACAGCGAUACUCUUAAACUUCUCAAGAUGAGCAGCUGCCCUCAUGUUUCCCCUGCCGGGAUUCUGUGCGUGGCUGAUCAGUGUCAUGGUCUUCGGGAGCUUGCUUUGAAUUAUUACUUGCUGAGUGAUGAGCUGCUCUUGGCCCUGUCCACUGAGAAGCAUGUGCUCCUGGAACACCUGCGCAUUGAUGUUGUGAGCGAGAACCCUGAGCAGACCCAGUUCCACUCCAUCAAGAAGAGCAGCUGGGACGCUCUGGUGCAACACUCCCCCAAGGUCAGCAUCGUCAUGUACUUCUUCCUGUGCGAGGAGGAGUUCGACCCCUUCUUCCGCGAGGAAACCCCCGUGACGCACCUCUAUUUUGGGCGGGCUGUCAGCAAAGAGAUGCUUGGUCGCAUAGGACUGAACUGCCCCAGGUUGGUUGAGCUGGUAGUUUGUGCCAACGGCCUCCAGCCCUUGGACGAUGAGCUCAUCCGUAUUGCUGACCGCUGCAAGAAUCUGACAGCUAUCGGCCUCGGGGAGUGCGAGGUGACUUGCAGUGGCUUCGUUGAGUUUGUGAAGAGGUGUGGUGGACGGCUCAGCCAGCUGUCCAUAAUGGAGGAGGUGCUAAUUCCAGAUAGCAAGUACAGCGUGGAGCAGAUUCACUAUGAGGUCUCGAAACACCUGGGAAGGAUGUGGUUUCCAGACAUGAUGCCCACAUGGUAGACUCUUCAGACUGUACAUAACCACCCAACAGAGACAAUCUCCAAUUGGACAUUGCAUUAUUUGGAAGACACAUAAACACAUAAAAGACCUUUGAUUCUUUCCACUUUUUCUGACAAAAUUAUUUUGGAUUCAUCAACCAAGACUUAUUUUACUGGAAACAAAAUACUUUUUAGAUAGAUAGUGUAUAUAUAUAUAUAUAUAUAUAUAUAUAUAUAUAUAUAUAUAUAUAUAUAUAUAUAUAUAUAUAUAUAUAGGUUUUGUUCCAACUCCUUAGAAAUAUAAAGAAUGUCGGGCUCUUUAUGUGUUUCAUUUAUGAUUGUUUGUCUCAUUAAAAGGGCAAAUGGUAGAUAAAAUAUCAACUUGAUUAUAGGAAAGCUAAGGCCAGUUUUCUUGACAGGGUUUGACUUUUCUAUGGUUGAAAUGCUAAGUAUUGAAUUCAUAUGGUAUUUAAUAGGCGUCUUUGCUACUUCUACUUAUAUGACUUGGAAGCCUGUUUGAUAAAAUGUUGUAAUUCAGUAAAAAUGUUGCAUUAUAUAAAUUAGUGCUUAUAUUAUAUUAAAAAGCUAUGCUUUAUUUCUUGCAGCUGGUGAAAUAUGCAUAUUUUGAUAAUCAACCUGCGAAAAUAUUUCUGGUGUAUGGUCCGCUUUAUAUUAUGUGUAAGUUAAAGUUGUGAGACAACACGAGAUUUCCAAGGAAGUAGUUAAAGCAUUAAGUUGCUGAAAGGACACUCUGUCGCAGAAGAUCAAAAGCACAGAACUGUGAUGGCUUGUCUCCUCAACUGAUCAGCUUCAUUUAGCAUUCUUUAGCAUUCUCAAGGAUUGAACCGCUGUACAAAAUUGGCAUAGUUUUAGUCGUCCCUAAAAAGAAGUAUGUCUAUUCAUGAAUAGAUGUACCGUUUUCUACGUUUUGCAUCGGAAAGAUAAACUUUGUUUUAAUUGAGCUUUAAGACUAGUGCUUGUGCUGGUUCUUGUCUGUAAUUCACUCACAGUGUCUCUGGGCUGAGCUUAGUUUAAAUCUGUAUUUAAUAACGCACGUGUUUUGCUGCAGUACCAGAGCAUUGUUGCAAUGACCGAAAAUUAACUUUUUCAAUUUAUUGUAUUUGCAACCCUGCCCUGCCCUGUUUUCCCCAAAUCUUUUAUGUCAGGAGCACUGAAUCCUCUUUCCACAUGCAAAAGUACAUUACAUUUCUUUAACUUGUUCAUAAAUGAUGUGCCAAAGAACAAAGGGGAAUAAACUAAACGUCUCUCCAUUGAUAUGUUAGACAUGUACGAAAUGUAUUUUCUUUUUUUGGGCUGUUUUUCAAAAUCCUGUCAGCUAUGUAUUUUUUAUUCCACUAUGUGAUGGGGCAAGGACAUAUACAAGUAUCUUGGUCUCUAGUAGGAAUCCGGACUUUAAUCUGUGUUUAAAUCACCACGUUAUAAAGUUGCUGUGCAGCUCAAGUACAGCUGCAGAUCACUCUUACAUGUUCUUAAUUAUCAGUAUACAAUAUACAAAAAACCCAAAAGUCAAAUGCAGUUUUGAGAUUUACUCCAAAUGCAAUACAAUUUGAUGAUCAUUUAGACUUAUACAAACUUACUGGAUUUAUUUUUUUUAGUGACCAGGAGAAAUAUACAUAGAUUGCUUUUGGGUUAAAUUACUAAGUUUCUGCAAUGUGUGUUUGUUUUCUAAACGUCUUGUUAGACAUUGUUUAUCGGCUACUGGUUUUAUGAACAUGGCAAUGUCUUUGUAAUGUAGUUUGUUGUCUCUUGCCCAGGAAAAAAUAGAAUUAAAAAAUAAAGUUAAUAUUAAAGGUUUGAAACUGCAGGAUUUUAUUCCACAUGAAAGCAAAAUGCUGGGAAUAUAUUUUUCAAGUGAAGUUAUUGAUUGCCACAGAUUAUUUUUUUUUUCCCUGUUUUGGAAGUUGUAACAUUGUGUGAUUGUAUAUCUUUUACAUUUGGCUCAUUUUGAUACCUGGUGUCUUCUAUAAGCAUAGCAGUGCAUUGUAUUAAACAGAAGUAAAGACAA